AUGAAUGGGUCGCACACCGACAAUCAGCGCUGGUCCCAACAGUCUGACCAACAACAUCAACAACCACAUCGACGUCGAACAGUGUCGCACGAAGACCUAGAUGACGUCCCAGAACGUCUAUUUCUAAGCCGUACGCGGUCCCAGGAAUUCAGCAUCGUCGAGAGCAUUGCGGUCCAGGAAGUGCCCCCAGAUGACUCGAGAUCUGUGUCCGCCUCAGAAGAUGGUGGUGACGAGGGUGAUGGCGCGACGACGACGAUAUGGCCGCGGCGCGUCAGGUAUUUGGUCUUGCUGUGCGCGUUUCUCACGAGUCUGAGUUUCGGUGUUACGCAGGUCCCGUUGGUGUAUGUCUUCAGACUGAUGACUUGUGAUGCUUACUAUGAAGAACAUCCUUCUCAAGGGCCAAAUUUGACCUCAUCUUCAUCCCCAACGCCACUCCCAGCAAGAGCACAGGCGGGAGCAAUCAAUCUCUUAUAUGCCUUAACUCAAGAUACAGUGUUCUCCACGAAUCCCCAGAUCAUCCCCAGCGAACGUGAUCGCUGCUCGAUCCACGCGAUUGAAACAUCCACGGCCCUGUCGGUGUCGCUUCUUGGUGCCAGUACCACGGUUUUUGGUCUCCUUAACCUGUUCCUAACCGGGGCCCUAAUCAAACGUAUCGGGGUCAAACCCACACUGCUCAUCCAAGUCUUCUUCCCCGCUCUGCGGCUUCUAGUGCAGAAUGUCGGCGUCGAAGUCUGGAGCAAUGCCGGCAUUAUCAUCAUUCAAUGCUCACAGAUCGUCAGUAUCAUCGGCGGCCCAAGCGGGUAUUUACUCGUACUCAAUGCAUUCAUCACCGAAGUCAUGGAACAUGAAGGCCGGACCGCCGCCCUGGGCCGGUUAACGGGAGCCAUGAUGUUUGGAUCGGCAUUAGGGUUCCUGCUAGGCGGCGCCGUGGCGGAAGCCUUCGGAAUCAAGGCUCCUUUCCGCUUGACCUUGAUCUUGUUCCUCAGCGCGUGCGUGUAUGUGGCUGUCUUUCUCCCACAUAUUCCACCUGCUCAAGUCAAGACAGAUGAUGAAGGAUCCAUGAGUGAGAGCAAUAAGAAGAACAAAACAAAGAUGGUUAUCGGGAAUUUCUUCGGUCCGUUGGCUGUAUUUGCACCGAGGAAAUUCAUCGCAGGAAACGGUGCUGUGAGUACGGAAUACGGUGCCCAUCUGCUGGCAUGGGGAGUAUUUCUGGGCAUUUUGGCGACUGGCUAUCUCCCAACCCUCCUCCAACUAUACUCGACUGACGUCUUUGGUUUCGGAACCAAGGAAAACGGCUGGUUGAUCUUCAUGUACUCAAUGCUCAGGGGCGUUUUCUUGACGUUUGCAUUUCCGAAGCUCAUUUCACUGGGAAGGAAAUGGACAAUCAAGAAAGAGAAAGCUUCCACGUCUGGAGCGGGUGGAGAAGCUGGAGAUUCAGCCUCGUCUGAGCGACAGCCAUUACUUCCACCGCAAACACAUCAGGCAACCAGAGCAGAGAAUGCGGAUGCGUAUGCCAAUGAUAACACGGACAAAGAUAGAGCCAAGGACAACAACCAAGGACGCCCACAACUCAAGAACGAAACGUUCACUUUCGACUUGACAUACACAAGAGUAUCGUUAGUCGCCGACGGCCUGCUCACCUUGCUCUGCUCAUUCAUCCAUGAAGGCAACCAGAUGUAUCUUGUCGCUGCCAUUUUACCAUUUGCUGCUGGCACGGGGUCGGCGUCGAAAGGAACGAUUCUCCAAAUGGUCGGCAGUUCUGCAAGUAGUGAUGAACGAACUGACGCUUUGGCUGGGGUUAGUCUCGUUGAGAAUAUGGCGAGAUUGUCGACGACUUUUGUAUUCGGCGUGAUCUUCGCUGCUUUCGCCAGCAUUGGGAGACCAGAGCUAGUUUUCACCUGCAAUGCUGCCGUUGCACUAAUAGGCUUCGGCGUGCUCCUGUUUGCUCGAUUUCCGCCAGAAGGAAGUAUUCCAUUCGACAAGGCUAAAGACGUAUCCAGGACGGGACAGCUGUUAGCUUGGGAUUUGAAUAGUCAAGCUCAGAGACGACAGGAGCUGGGUAUGUAG